UGUGCGCCCGAGCAGGCAGCUGCCCCGUUCGGGAGAGAGAGCACGGCGAGACGGCGAGAGAAAAGAAAGGAUAGAGGAGAAGAGCGCGAGGGAACGGAGAGGAGAGGAGGAGAGAGGGAGAGAGGGAGAGAGAGAGAGGCAGAGAGAGAGGAGAAGGAGCCGCGGAGGAGGAUCCACGGCCAUGACGGCUGCGUGUUCGCGGGAUCGGCUAUGAGAGCGGACAGCGGUGGCCAUGUCUCUGAGCGCGGACGAGGAGGAUUACGACUCGGACACAGGAGAGCAGCAGCGGCCAGCGAAUCGGCCCAAACCCAAGAUGGCGGCCCCGUCCACACCGGCUGCGGCCACAGCGUCGUCCUCGACGUCGUCCACGCCGGCGGCGGUGAAGCUGCCGUCCAAUCGGAGCUCGUCGGGGGCGCGGCGGCGGCGCACGCGGUGCAGGAAGUGCGAGGCGUGCGUGCGGACGGAGUGCGGAGAGUGCCACUUCUGUAAAGACAUGAAGAAGUUCGGCGGGCCGGGACGCAUGAAGCAGUCCUGCAUUAUGAGGCAGUGCAUCGCUCCUGUGCUGCCUCACACAGCGGUGUGUGUGGUGUGUGGAGAGGCCGGUAAGGAGGACACGCUGGACGAUGAGGAGGAGAAGUUUAACGCCAUGCUGAUGGAGUGCUCCAUCUGCAACGAGAUCGUCCACCCCAACUGCCUAAAGGUGAAAGACGCAGCGGGGGUCGUUAAUGACGAACUGCCCAACUGCUGGGAAUGCCCGAAGUGCAACUACGCCGGCAAGACGGGGAAAGCCUGUAAGCAAAAACGUGGCCCAGGCUUUAAGUACGCUUCCAACCUGCCGGGGUCGCUGCUACGGGAACAGAAGACCAGCCGGGACCCUCGGGACGAGGCGGACCCCGCCGCAGCCCGAAGGAAGAGCGAGAGGGACGAGACCCCCAGACUGAACGCAGAGGACCUGCCCACCCGUCUGCCCCCCCAGUUGACCCCAAGAGAGCUGCCCAGACCGCGGCCAGACAUACCGAACUUCCUCAGGAAGAAGAAAAAAUUGUUUGAUGAUGACGAAGAGGAAGAGGACGCCAGCGCUAAAAAGAAGCUGAAGAAGCCGUGGAAGCCUGAGGAUCCGUUAGUUCCUAAAGCUCCUCAGAUGAAGACUGAGGAGGAGGAGGCGUCUGAGCAGGAGGAGGAGCGAGAGGAGGAGAGUAAACGGCCUGUGCUUAAGAAGGAGUUCGGCUCAGAGAGGAAGCAGGAGGAGCUGGAGCAGGAGGAAGAGGAGGAGGAUGAAGAUGGGGCGGUCCGGCGGGCUCGGGACCGAAGCCCGAUGCUAAAGAGCCUCUCGGCUUCGGUGGAAAGCGACGCGUCCCGCUGCAGCUCGCCCAGAGCCGGACCCAGCAGCGAGGGCAGCGAGACCCAGGAGAGGGCACCGAGUCGUGCUCGAGCACGGAGAACCCGCCGCAGGCCACAAAACCAGCAGCUCAGCGCAGAACUCAGCAAGCAGCUGAACCUGGAGAUCCGGCGGACAGAACAUUCGCUCGCCAAUGAGAACCAGCAGCCGCUCAAGAGCGAGCCUGAGGACAGCGAGAACGAGGAACCCAAAAGAAACUUCCGCAACGGGACAAUAGGAGGCGACGUCGGGGGAGAACGGACGCACCUGCGGUCUAACCUGCGCGCGAGGGAGAUGAACGGGACGGCCUGGGAGCUUCGCCACUUCUACCCGUCUCAGAUCACCCCGCUGGGCUUCAACCGCAGUGCCCCCGUCCUGCGGCCGCCGCCCACCAGAUCCCCUCCGAAAUGCGUCCAGAUGGAGCGCCACGUCAUCCGCCCGCCGCCCAUCUGCCCUCCUCCUGAUAGGCUGCCUCUGGCCGAUGGGCGGAGCCACGUGGCUCAGAGAGAAGCCUGGAUGGCCAUCUUCAGCCACCUGAGCCACCGAGAGCUGUGUGUGUGCAUGAGGGUCUGCAGGACCUGGAACCGCUGGUGCUGCGAUAAGCGUCUGUGGACUAAAAUCGAUCUGAGCCGCUGUAAGUCGAUCACGCCGCUGAUGCUGAGCGGAAUAAUCCGCAGGCAGCCCAUCACGCUGGACCUCAGCUGGACCAACAUCUCCAAAAAGCAGCUCAGCUGGCUCAUCAACAGGCUGCCAGGUCUGCGGGUGUUACUCCUGUCCGGCUGUUCGUGGGCGGCGGUUUCGGCUCUCUGCACCUCCUCCUGCCCGCUGCUCCGCACGCUCGACCUGCAGUGGGUCGAGGGCCUCAAAGACCCCCAGAUGAGGGACCUCCUGUCGCCCCCUACAGACAACAGACCAGGUCAGAUGGACACGCGCAGUAAGCUGAGGAACGUUCUGGAUCUGCGUCUGGCCGGUCUGGACGUCACAGACAGCUCCCUGCGCCUCAUCAUUAAGAACAUGCCCCUGCUGGCCCGGCUGGACCUCAGCUACUGCAACCACAUCAACGACCAGUCGGUCAACCUGCUGACCGCAGCGGGGACGACGACCCGCGACUCGCUCACCGACAUCAACCUGUCAGUGUGUAACCGGGUGACGGAUCAGUCUCUGACGUACUUUAAGCGCUGCGGGAGCAUCUGUAGGAUCGACCUGCGCUUCUGUAAGCAGGUGAGCCGGCAGGCGUGCGAGCGCUUCAUCGCAGAGAUGUCGGUCAGCGUCUCGUUCGGACUGCGAGAGGACAAACUGCUGCAGAAACUCUGCUAACCUCAACGCGCCCGAGCGGAGAGAAUGAGAGAGAAGCUCUGACUGUAUUGGAGAACGAUAAGCACUCAAACUGAUCUGUGGACUUACUGGUUUUGUUGUUUUCCUGCCACGAUUUCCCCUGCUCUGAUUGGACGGACUGAGAAGGUGGAUAUUAACCAGCCAGUGAAAAUAAUGCUUUUUGGAUGGACACUUUCAAAGGUGCAGUGAAACUGGCUGGACAGUACAGCGAAAGAUGUGUUAAAGAAGAAGAAGAAGCAGCAGUGGACGUGGUAACUGGCACAUACACACUAAAGCAGCGUUCACAACAUCGCGGCAAAAGGUUUAACGUCUCGGCUGUUUGCUUUAAAUAGAGCUUCACUUUGUUUGCCACGUUGUGUGGAACUGUGCUGAGUUUUAGAUGCUGUUCAGCAACUUUUUGGCUUCCAGUCUACCUGUAGAAUACCAGAAGUCUGUAAUCUGUAUUCUUAAGCUCUGAAAUUAGUUUAAAAAUUUAAAAUUUGGGAUGUUUUUUGUGACCCGCAGCACCUCCGGAUUUCAGGAUUGUUAAAACAAUAACAGUAAAACCAACAGUACAGAACUUUAAAAUGUUUUGAGCUCAGUAAAGACCUACAUGUGCUUUUUUACACGGUGGAGUUUAUAUUUUAGUUUGUUUUGUUUACAUACGUUCAGAAUCUGCACUGUUUAAGUUAACACUGCAUUUUUGAGAGAAGCGAAUCGCUUCCCUCGACAGCCGCUGCCCUUUUUUUGGGGCGAGUCACUAAAGCAGCAGCAGAACUAUUUCAGUGCCCCUGUUGUUAUUUUAAAGGGCUCAUAUCCUACAUUUUCUUGUAUCUUAUUGGAGUCUAGUUAUGACAUUUGUGUGCAUUUAUGUAUCAAAAACAAGAGCCUCUUAUUAUGCCUUCGAGUUAAACAGGCUGAUUUUUUCGUUACUGUGCCUGUAAGACUGAUAUAUGUAAAUUAGGUCUGUUCUGAUUGGCUGUGCCCCAUUCAGGUAGUUCAAGCUGAAACACUCCUCAUAACGUAAGUGUGAAUGGGCGGGGCUAAAUUGCUCUAGGCUGAAUAGGCAAAUAGGCAAAUGUGUUUGUGACAUCACAAACACAGUGAAUUCAGAACAGGCUGUUUUUUUUUCAGUUUGGACUCCAUAUAUGGACUGUCUACUGGGGAGUGAACGUUAUGAUGUCAUACCAGAUUAAUUUCUUAUUUUAAAAGAAAUGAAAAGACAGCAUCAGUUUUCUGUGAUAUGGGCCCUUUAAAAACAUCAGCCUAUGUAAUUAUCCUCUUUUGUUACCCACUGUAAUAAUCUCCCGCUAGAUGUGCGCAUGUAGGUUGAUGAGGGGCGACAAGGUUUCCGUGACUUGUAUGAACAAUCUGAUUGGCUGAUGCUCAGCUCAUUUGCAUAAAGUUCAUGCAGAAAGAGUCAGUUCAUGUGAAUUGUUCAAACAAUUCAGAUUAAAAUAACAAAACAAAGCAGUAUUUAGCGUAACAUCACUGUGUACGUCACACACAUGCUGCUAAAAAUGUUGGCACCCCCAGCGGCGCGUAACGCCUUUAGCCGCGACAGUGUGAACGCUGCUUUAUUCUCACUCCAUCACGGAGAGAAAGCACAUCCUGAACUGUGUUGAUAUCAACAAAAACAAAAAAGCUUUUAAAAUGAACUGUACAGAUUAUGUAGCUCCUCUAAAGCUGUGUGUUAUUUCUGUUCAGUCCUGAUGAAUCUAUAGUUUGGU